AUUCAUUUUCACAAACUGUCACUCGCCGAUUUGUUCUGGUUACGAGUGGAAAAGAUCCAACGAUGAGUGCCCCGGCCAAGCUGCAGGACAUGCCCCCGCGGGGUGGCUACCAGAGCAUCCCGUUUGCUCGCGUUCCGGCCAAAAAGUACUUCAAAGGUUGGCAGCUGAUUGCGGCGUACGCCGGUUUCACCACCGUCGGCCUGUCGCUGUACUAUCUGAACUGCAGGGAGAACCACCGGAACGAGGUGGAGAUGCGCGGAGCCCGGAACGUGAUUUACGCGCUGCUGCUGGCCGAACGCGAUCGCGAAUAUCUGAAGCAGCUGCGACGAAACCGCGACGAGGAGGCCGCCCUCAUGAAGGACGUGAAGGGCUGGGAGGUGGGCACCUGGUACGGUGAGCCCGUGUUCAAGACGCUGCCCAAGGACAAGCUGGUCGAUCCGACCUUUGAGGAGUUUUACGUGCACUCGGCCAGCAAGGACCGGGCCAACCGCAAGAACGUCAAGAUGUGGGCGUAAAGCGGUACUGUUUAUGGGAAUGGUUUCUCACGUGCAAGCCGCUUCUGGUUUAGUUGGGAAAGAAUGUAAAAUAAAUAGGUACGAUGAGGUAAA